ACCCGCAGUUUAGCGCGCGGACGGCCUCUGUCCUUCAGCUUGUCAACCUGCAGUAGAGAGGGCCCACACACCGGAGACAGAGCAAGAGCUACAGGACGCUUAUUUUCUUUCCCCGCGGACAUCUAGCGGUCUCCAUGGGCAACAGCUACAGCUUCUCGGGGCUUGACCGGGCCGUUUACCAAGUGUUAAGGAAGGCCAGAAGAAUUUAUCACAAGACAACUGGGACAUGUCAGAAAGUUCCUCAGGUGUGAACACUCUCUGUGGCAGUUUUCCCAAAUCCCACUCCUCCCAGUGCUCUGACCUCAGGGUUACACGCACACCUUUCUCCGUGGACCAGAGUCCUGAUUCUGGACUUGUUUCUACACCUCUUCCAUCCAGUCGUUUCCGGUUUGUAUCGUGGCAUCGCCUGGAGCAAUGUGAUGUCACAGGUGACCAGCUGACCUGCCCCAGGGUCAGAGAAGGGCCAACAGAAGAGGAUCUGUUUGAAAGAGAGGGGGGUGACAUCUGUUUGGAGCGAGGGAGGAAAAGAAGAGAGGAGGGAGGACCGAGGUGGGAGGAGAGGCUUCAGGAGAAUUGGGAAAACUGUCAGGAGUUAAAUUUGUCCUACCAGAACUUGGGUGACCCCUUCCAGCAGGAGAAUUUCCUCAGGAUCCUCCGCCGGUUGAUCCGUGUAGAGAGACUUCAACUGAUAGACAACUCCCUGACUAAUCUGAGUUCUGUACGUCUGCCAAGGUGCAGAACACUCAACCUGCAGCGUAACCACCUGGUAUGUCUGCGUCAGCUGCCAAGGCUUCCGGCUGUGAAGCACCUAUGCCUCUCUGAGAAUGCCAUCAGCUCCCUUCGGGGACUGGGGACUCUGGAAAACACCCCGCUCCGCUCCCUCAGCCUCAGUCGCAACCCAGUGACCUUCACUCAGGACUACCGUUCACGAGUUUUCCUGUGUUUGCCAAAGCUGGAGGUCCUGGAUGGAAUCCCCAAGCUGCCAGAAGAUUCUCUUCCUACCAGGCAACAUUUCCCAGAAAGCACCAGAAUGUGCAACAUUUUAUGACAACCCUCUAGAGAGUUGUGUUUAUGAGGACCUUGGAAAAAAUGUCCCAUCAUUGCACAAAAAUUGUCAUCAGGCUGUUCAGAAGAAAAUACAAAAUGCACCACUAGUUGGAGAAAAACACAUUUUAGGCCAGACUGUCAGUGCUGUCAAAUGAGAUGUAACAGAAAUUCAAAAUGUUUUUUAAUAUUCUGUAUGUUAUUAUUCAUGUCUUUGUACUUACACUUUUUACCCACGUUUUGAUAAUAAAUAGGAAAUACCA